AUGAAGAACAGAGAUUGCGGCACAGCCUUAGAUCCUGAAGGAUAUCAUCUGAUUACUUGUAAGACAGGUGGGGGACCAGUUUGGUCUCAUAAUUCAAUAGUCUCUGCUUGGUCCGAGUGUUUGAAACGCGUGUCUCUUCCCCAUACCGUUGAGCCAAGAGACUGUUACAGCAGCUCUCAGUCCAGACCCGAUAUUGCUGUUUAUAAUGCAACCGACUUUAACGUUGAGCUCGACAUUUCCUUAGCCCACCCAUGGAGCACCGACAUAAUUUCAGUCGCAGCUACAACUGAUGGAUCUGCUGCUUCAAAAAGGGAGGGAAAGAAGAGAGAGAAGUACAGCAGAGAGACUCACACUAGUGGGGGUUCUCCAUGCCUAAUUCCACUGGUGUUUGAGCAUUAUGGCCGCUGGGGAAAUGCAGGAGAAAAGUUUCUCCAUCAAAUCUCUCUGCGAUCACGAGAUGAUGACGGCAAGCGGUGUAACAGUAUGGUUUUGGCGAAGAAGAUUGACAGAAUAGUGUGUAGAAAUGACUCCGUAGCUGGUUUUUACAGUUACCAGAGUGUACGUUAAGCUUUCAUUUCAUGACCCUAAGGGUCUUUUUUCUUGGACUCAUAGAUAGUGAUUUAGCGUUGACUGUAAUAGCGUUGAUGUUUACCAAUAGAUGUUUUUGACAGACAGACAGACACACACACACACACUGAUAUACAG